GUGUGUAACUGUUUGUCUCUCUCAAUGCUUGUCACGGCAAAUAGACUAUCAACACUUUUUACUGCGGAGAGAGCAAAGGCGAAUAGCUCGAAAUGAGAGGAGAGAAAAGCGUUAUUUGGAGCAGAAAGGAGAAAUUAAAAUUGGAGAACAGCACAAAAGACAAACAACAGAAAAUGCUCAAAAACAAGGAGAAAAAGCCGAAGUUAUUGUUCCACUUAAUAAAUGUUCCCCUCCACGUUCUCCGCCCAAAGUUAAGCCACCGCCUACCCCAAAGUAUUAUUUAG